AUCUUCUACAUGCCCCAGGCCCCCGAGAUAACCGUCCUCCUAACGCUAGUUCUAGCGCCUUCCAAAUCUUCGGUCCCACCCUAUCUCGAUGUGGCAAUUGGCUUCCGGGGGGAGGGGCACCUGCCUCAGAUUAUCUGCGAACUAUCAGACUCGUCCGGAGAAUGUCGGAGAAGGGGACUUGGGGCUGGGGAGUAUUUAUCCCAAUCAUGCUACUCCCCAGGACACGUUCGGAGCCCGGGACAUGUCAGGAUUGAGGAGAUACGAAGUGGCGCUGGAGGCGGAGGAGGAGAUCUACUGGGGCUGUUUCUACUUUUUCCCCUGGCUGCGAAUGUGGCGCAGGGAGCGGAGCUCGGCACACCCGCGGGAGCAGAAGCUGGAGCCUCUGCGUGACCUGAUGAGCUGUCUGUCAAGUGGCCUGGGCACUGCUCCCCAGCGCUCAGGUCGUAGCCUUCUCUGCCGCACCGCUGCCACCGCUGCCCAGCCAGCUGGUGCAUUAAAGAUUUAAAGCGAAGCCCACACACUGCCUUCCUGACUGCCGCCGCAACCGCCAUUAUGGCGGGGAGUCCCUCUCCGCACCUGCUGUUUCCCUCCCUACCGGGCCUCCCCCCCCUCCCCGUGUCAAGGUCCCUGUUAUUCCUAAAGGUCCCUCAUCAGUGUCAAGCUGCCUGUUACUUUCAAGUGACUGCCUCCCCACCCCACUCCCCAAAAACAUCCAUCACUGGUAGUAACCUUUGUGGAGAAACCUAAAUAAUCCUAGCCUGAUCUACCUCUCCACCUUAUCCCCAUGUUGAUAUGUUCCCACAACCCCAUCUCUGUUACCACCUUCUUUCUAGCGAGAACUUGACCACUGUCUGAAGAAUCUUCUCUUCCAAGAAGUUGAUUUAAAACAUUUUAAGGUUGUAGGCUGGCAGUGAGAGGGAGGAUUACUAGAAGUUGCUCCUGGCACCAUCCUGCCUCAAGAGAGUGAUACGGAUUGAGGACCUUCAUACAUUUAACACCCCAACCUGGCUUCUCCAGUUUGAUCUCAAUUUUAGCCUGGGACUGCCCCCAGCCACAACAGAUUGUGGCUGGGAGGAAGAAUUGGCCUUAUCUUUGAAGAAACCAAAGGGAAGAGAUGAGUACACACCUAAGAGAAUUUGUUUUCUGCCUUCUAGAAUUGUCAGUCUCUGGACUGACAAGUCCAAGAAAGAUCACAAAGCUUAUGGUAGGCAACCAGCUGAUGGAGAUCUGUGACAAGAUGAUGGAACCUGGAAGAUUUCUUCAGUAGAAAUUCUUGGACUUGUGUCUGGGGCACAAGUCCAGACUGAGAGUGGGAGAGAGACCUUAAGGCCUCUGGUACCAAAAAUUGAAGAUAAGCAGCCUCUGAGUUGUGAUCACUUUCAAGAAUGCACCUAAGGGGAUCAAACCCAGGGCCUUGCGCAUGCUAGACAACUGUUUUUGAACUUUAAAUAAAUGGAAUCACAAAAAAAAAAAAAAAGCG